CCAAGUGUCUGCGCCUGCGCAUCCAGCGGCGGAGAGAAGCUGUCCAGUGGUGAUUUGGAAAUAUAUUCAUGCGCUAUGGAGACUUUAUACAGUAUACCGUUUGUUGUGCUUGAAUGUCCCAACAUAAAACUGAAGAAGCCGUCAUGGCUGCACAUGCCGUCGGCUAUGACUGUAUAUGCGAUCGUUAUCGUGUCCUACUUUCUCAUCACUGGAGGUAUCAUCUACGAUGUCAUUGUUGAGCCACCAAGUGUGGGUUCAAUGACUGAUGAGCACGGACACCAGCGGCCAGUUGCCUUCUUGGCAUACAGAGUAAAUGGCCAGUACAUUAUGGAAGGACUAGCAUCCAGCUUCCUCUUCACAAUGGGAGGCCUGGGCUUUAUAAUCCUGGACCGCUCCAAUGCACCCAACAUUCCCAAACUCAACCGCUUCCUACUGCUUUUCAUUGGAUUUGUCAGUGUGCUCCUCAGCUUCUUCAUGGCCAGAGUCUUCAUGCGCAUGAAGCUGCCGGGAUAUCUCAUGGGCUAAACUCACAGUUUCUCUAGCCGAUUCAGAAGAAGACCAUAUUAAAUAUGUGGGAAGCUUACAUGCAGUUCUGUUAAAUUAUGGAUACAGUCAACCCUUCAUCAGCAACAAUUAAGAACUGAAAGCACUGACCUUGCUGAAAAAAAUUUGACCAAACUACACUGACAGUUACAUUGGUUAUAUCUUUGUUUUGGAACUUCCUUUCCAGUUUUCUCUAAAUUUCCCAUGAAGCUGGUGCAGCAGAAGGUCUUUACCAGACUUUUGCUUAAAUUCAACUCUCUGCCACAUAAACUCAUCAUGACGGCACAGCAUCAUUACUGAUUUUGCCAUGCGCCCUUGAUAAAAGCAAGCAGAUGUUCUGUCAAGAAGGGGAAAUGGAUCUGGAGAAGAAAAAUGGAAAGGAAGUUGGUGAACACUGAUGGAUGCAGUCACCAGUUUAUAAUUAGGAUGAGCACUGUGUGAACCACUUACAUGGGUGUCUGAGUAAUAUUUCAGAUGUACGUUUUUGUAUAGAAAACUUUAAACCUUGAAGGCCUCAAACCAGUCACAGUUGCAUUUUUGUACAAGAUGGUGAAAUAAACAUUUUCACACCUUC